AUGGCUGGCUGCCCAAUCGUUUUGCUAUUACUCAGUCUCGUGGCUGGCGUACGGCUGGCUGAGUUUGAGCCGGCGGAGAGGACGGCGCGACUGCAGAGCCGGCUGAUGUUGGAGUUUGUGGUGGGGCACAAACAAAUACCGAGGUUCACUUACUUCACCUGCCGCAAUCCCGCCAGCAAUGACACGGGCAAUGUGCACGCCACUCGCGCCAACCUGAAGCAACUUUACGCGGCAUUCGAGGCCAAGAAUGCGCAGCUGAUUGGUAGCCUCUAUCGGGACAACGUGCCGCGCAGGCCCUUUGUGCGGAUUGUGAUGCUGGAUGUGCUGCAUCAGCCAAGGGGGAAGUCAGGCGGCAGGGGUAUACCGCGCGGCAGACCGGCAGGUGCGGGCGGAGGAGGUGGAGGAGGAGGCAGAGCGGGCACAGCUCUCGGCACAGCUUCAAGCAGUGCCGAUUGGUUGGACAGCGUGUUGAGGGUGGAGGCGCUGCGGCAAGUUGUGGCCGUGGAUUUGGCAUGUGGCAUGCUAAGUCGUCGUUUCCUGGAGCUGGCUUCAGCCAAGAUGCUCUACAACGAUAAAUAUCACUGGCUAUUGAUUGAGGAUUAUGCGCUGCACGUAAGUGCGGGCGUGAUGCGGCCCCAACAGCUGCAGCAGCUGCAUCUGAUGGAUACGAGCACAGACACGGAUACGGAUGAGCUAGAGCCCAUUGAAAGCUUAAUGGAGACCCUGAACUUCUACAUGAACACGGAGCUAACUCUGGCUAAGCGAACGCCCCAAGACGCCAGCUAUUCACUGUACGACAUCUGGAGCCCUGGUCGCACUUACGGCGGACACGUCAACAUCACGGAAAUUGGCAGCUUCACGUUGACAGACGGACUGCAGCUGCACAGCUGGUUUCGCACCACAUCGACGCUGCUGCGUCGUCUCAACAUGCAGCAUGCCCAAGUGCGUUGCAUGGUUGUGGUGACCAACAAAAACAUGACGGGCACGCUGCUCUACUAUCUAACGCACACGGUGUCGGGCCAUAUCGAUACAAUGAAUCGCUUCAAUUUCAAUCUGCUGAUGGCCGUCCGGGACAUGUUCAACUGGACGUUUGUGCUGUCGCGCACCUCCACCUGGGGCUAUCUGAAGAAUGGCCGUUUCGAUGGCAUGAUUGGGGCGCUCAUACGCAACGAGACGGACAUUGGCGGUGCGCCCAUCUUCUAUUGGCUGGAGCGUCACAAGUGGAUCGAUGCAGCUGGCCGCAGCUGGUCGAGUCGGCCGUGCUUCAUUUUUCGCCAUCCGCGCAACACACAAAAGGAUCGCAUCGUAUUCCUGCAGCCAUUCAGCAACGAUGUUUGGCUAUUGAUCUUGGUGUGUGGUGUUGUCACUGUGUGCAUACUCUGGCUACUGACGACGAUUGAGUGGAAGCUGGUGCCGCGGCAGGGUGCAGCGCUCAUCAAGCCGAAGGGCGGCGCUCCACGGCAUCACUAUCAUCACCAUCAUCAUACUCAGCAGCAGCAGGAGCAGCAGCAGCAGGAGAUGGCUACUUUGGAGAAUGAUGAUGUCUCAGUCGCCUCGUUGCAUUUGCUGCCAGUGGUCGGUGGGCUGCGACAGCGCUGCUAUGCGAGAUUCUGCAACUACAUCAGCAAGCGGCAGGCGUUGAGCAAGAGCUCAACACGCGAGGGUCUCCUGCUGGAGUCCGUGCUGUUCUUUGUGGGCAUAAUUUGCCAGCAGGGCUUGGGCUUCUCCACCAGCUUCACCUCGGGCCGCACCAUUGUCAUCACCUGUCUGCUCUUCUCUUUCUGCAUCUAUCAGUUCUACUCGGCCAGCAUUGUGGGCACGCUGCUCAUGGAGAAGCCAAAGACUAUCAAGACCCUGAGCGACUUGGUGCACAGCUCGCUGCAAGUUGGUGUCGAGGAUAUUGUAUACAAUCGCGAUUACUUCUUGAACACUAAAGACCCCGUUUCCAUGGAGCUGUAUGCCAAGAAAAUUACCAAGGUGCCAUCCAGCAAUGAGAACGCAGGGGGCGCAGGCGGCGAGGAGGAGCCAGCGCCGCCGCCACCUGGGACUGAUGCCAAAUCAUUUCGCGACAUUGUGCACAGUCAUGAGGUUGGCGCACAUGCCAAGGAGAACACAGCGACUAAUUGGCUAGAUCCGGAUACGGGCUUACGCCGAGUCAAGCACGAACGCUUUGCCUUUCACGUGGAUGUUGCGGCUGCCUAUAAAAUUAUUGCCGAAACAUUUGACGAGCGUGAGAUUUGUGAUCUGACAGAGGUCAGCAUGUUUGCCCCACAGAAAACAGUCAGCAUAACCCAAAAGAAUUCGCCCAUGCGCAAGGUUAUAUCGUACGGCCUGAGACGUGUUACAGAGACGGGCAUCUUUUCCUAUCAGUUCAAUAUCUGGCACUCGAGGAAGCCGCCCUGUGUGAAGAAAAUUGAGACAUCCGAUUUGCACGUGGAUAUGGAUACCAUAAGCUCGGCGCUGAUAAUACUGCUCUUCAGCUAUGGCAUUGCUCUGUUGGUGCUGGGCAUUGAGAUACUUUAUGCGAAGUGGAAACGUUGA